ACUUCUUCUUCCGUUUUUAUCGUCGGCGACGGCCAUUUUGUUUUUGGAGGACUCGAGUGACCGAUCGUUAUGAGUUCGUCGAGAAUUUCCGUAUCUCUAGCUAGACAAUUGCCACGAAUCUUGGGACAGGUUCCCAAAAGGGCAGUCGGAGCAAGCUUCAUUGCAAGCCGUAAACUCUCGACAACAAAAGUCUUUGGCGCCUCCGCUGAAAUUUCAACCAUCUUGGAGGAGCGCAUCAUGGGACAAACCAGCAAAGCUGACCUAGAAGAAACUGGAAGGGUAUUGUCCAUUGGUGAUGGUAUCGCCAGAGUAUACGGUCUAAAGAAUAUACAAGCAGAAGAGAUGGUAGAAUUCUCAUCUGGAUUGAAGGGUAUGGCUUUGAACUUGGAACCUGAUAAUGUUGGUAUCGUAGUUUUCGGAAAUGACAAAUUGAUCAAGGAAGGAGACAUUGUAAAGAGAACUGGAGCUAUUGUAGAUGUUCCAGUAGGUGAAAACAUUUUGGGAAGAGUUGUCGACGCUUUAGGAAACCCCAUCGAUGGAAAAGGUGCCAUCACCGCAACCGAAAGAAUGAGAGUUGGUGUUAAGGCUCCAGGUAUCAUCCCCCGUAUGUCUGUAAAAGAACCCAUGCAAACUGGAUUAAAGGCUGUAGAUUCUUUGGUACCAAUCGGUAGAGGUCAAAGAGAGUUGAUCAUCGGUGAUCGUCAAACUGGUAAAACUGCAGUUGCUAUCGAUACUAUUAUCAACCAAAAAAGAUUCAACGAGGGCAAGAGCGAAAAGGAAAAAUUGUACUGUGUCUACGUCGCUAUCGGUCAGAAGAGGUCAACUGUAGCUCAGAUCGUAAAACGUCUUACUGAUGCUGAUGCCAUGAAAUACACAAUCAUUGUAAGCGCUACUGCUUCCGAUGCCGCUCCUCUGCAGUACUUGGCACCUUAUUCUGGUUGCACUAUGGCCGAAUUCUUCCGUGAUAACGGUAAACACGCUCUAAUCAUCUAUGACGAUUUAUCGAAACAAGCCGUUGCUUAUCGUCAAAUGUCUUUGCUUCUGCGUCGUCCCCCUGGACGUGAGGCCUACCCAGGAGAUGUUUUCUAUUUGCAUUCGCGUCUUUUGGAAAGAGCAGCCAAGAUGAACGAUACUUUGGGCGGUGGUUCCCUGACUGCUCUUCCCAUAAUCGAAACCCAAGCCGGAGAUUUGUCCGCAUAUAUUCCGACCAACGUUAUUUCGAUUACUGAUGGGCAAAUUUUCUUGGAAACUGAAUUGUUUCACAAAGGUAUCAGACCAGCCAUCAACGUAGGUUUGUCUGUAAGCAGAGUAGGAUCUGCUGCUCAAAUCAAGGGAAUGAAACAAGUUGCUGGCUCAAUGAAAUUGGAAUUGGCCCAAUACAGAGAAGUAGCUGCUUUCGCCCAAUUCGGUAGUGAUUUGGAUGCUGCUACUCAGCAACUCUUAAAUAGAGGAGUACGUUUGACGGAAUUAUUGAAACAAGGACAAUAUGUUCCAAUGGCCGUUGAAGAUCAAAUCGCUAUUAUCUAUUCGGGAGUAAGAGGUCACUUGGAUAAAAUGGACCCUAGCCAAAUCACCAAGUUCGAGGCGGCCUUCACUGAACAUUUGAAGGCAUCUCACCAGGGCUUGCUAGAUAAUAUCCGUGAAGCAGGACAAAUUUCUGAUGAUGUAGAUGCGAAACUUAAGGAAAUUACAUCUACCUUUGUCGCCGGUUACCAACCUUAA